UCGCUGACUCUCCAUGCCCUCAACUCGUGCGUCUCUCUCUCCAUGCAAUCUCGCUCCUCUUUUAGGUUCCGGAGUUCAUAAUUUCGAAAUUGUAAGGAAAUAAGGACACUGCCAAAAUGUUGGUCCUUUUCGAAACGGCUGCGGGCUAUGCCGUCUUCAAGUUGCUGAAAGACAAUACGUUAGAGGAAAUUGACAAUCUGUAUAAAGAUUUUGAGUCCCCAGAGAAAGCGAGUAAAAUAGUCAAGUUAAAAUUCUUUGAAAAGUUUGUAGACACGACGGAUGCCCUGUCUGCCGCCACGGCCACAGUUGAGGGAAAAGUUUCAAAGCCCUUGAAGAAAAUAUUGAAAAAGUUGGUAGCAAAAGACGUUCAAGACCAGUUGCUCGUGGCGGAUGCCAAUUUGGGUAAAGCCAUCAAGGAGAAAAUGAGUCUUAGUUGCAUGUCUAGUACUGCCGUAUUAGAGUUGAUGAGGUGUAUCAGAUCCCAAGCGGACUCUCUUAUCGGAAGUCUUCCCAGCAGUGAAAUGGCAGCCAUGUCUUUGGGUUUGGCUCACAGUUUGGGAAGAUACAAGUUAAAGUUCAGUCCGGAUAAGGUGGACACGAUGAUUGUGCAAGCCGUUAGCCUCCUGGAUGACUUGGACAAGGAACUUAACAAUUACAUUAUGAGGUGCAAGGAAUGGUACUCUUGGCACUUUCCAGAAGUUACUAAACUUAUUCAAGAUAACGUAACAUUUAUUAAAGUGAUCAAACUUAUGGGAAUGCGACACAAUGCAAAAACGACAGACUUUUCCGAAAUCCUUCCAGAAGACUUGGAAGAGAAAUUAAAAGAAGCAGCUGAGAUUUCAAUGGGAACUGAAAUUUCUGAUGAGGACAUUGAAAAUAUUUCAUUUUUAGCCGACCAAGUUUUAGAAAUUUCCGAAUACCGCACUCAAUUGUACGAAUAUCUUAAGAACCGAAUGAUGGCGAUUGCCCCCAAUCUCACAGUUCUUGUCGGUGAACUAGUUGGUGCAAGAUUAAUUGCUCAUGCCGGUACCCUCAUUAAUUUGGCCAAGCAUCCAGCUUCAACCGUUCAGAUUCUUGGAGCGGAGAAAGCACUUUUCAGGGCAUUGAAAACUAAGAAGGACACUCCCAAAUAUGGACUGAUUUAUCAUGCUCAACUAGUUGGUCAAGCAAGUACGAAAUUAAAGGGAAAGGCAUCAAGAAUGCUGGCAGCCAAAGCUGCGUUAGCGGCUAGAGUUGAUGCACUUGGAGAAGAAACUUCCUUAGCUUUGGGGACUGAGCAUCGUGCCUAUCUAGAAGCUAGAAUCCGACAACUGGAAACUGGGGACAAACGGGCAGUGUCAGCAAUGAAAAAGAAGUUUACACCACAGAAGUACGAUAAUAAGAGCGAGGUUCGACAAUAUUUACGAUCACAAGAUUCCAGCGUGACUAAAAAACGACAACAUGAUGAAGAGGAAGGAAAUGGUGAAACGGUAGAAGAGACACAAGAAGUUCCCAAGAAGAAAAAGAAGAAAGAUAAGAAAGUGAAAGUGGAGCCAGAAGAAGAAGUUGAAGAUCCUCCUGCUCCUGUUGAAGAGGCAGAAGAACCUCCAAAAAAGAAGAAAAAGAAGAGCAAAAAAUCUAAAACUGAAGAAGAUGAAUAGGUUCGCCCUAGACUUUGUGUUCAGCAGAUUGUGUCAUUGUCGUAGUUUAAUUGUACAUGUUUCUAAUCCUGUUUUAUAAUUAUUAUUACAACGUAGUUUAAAACUACUAGGUUUGACUGCAAUGGAUUUUAUGGUUCUUCAAAUCUUUUGAAGGAUAUCCAGCUUAUAAUUUGUUUAGAGUUACGUAAACGAUACCUAUUACAUACAUCCUUACUUCCAUUGGACACUUUGAAACUAUAUAAAAAUACACAAGUUUAUUUUUACGUUGUUAUAAAAUCAAUGAAUGCCCAUUCAUAAUGAAUUCAAGUCGACCUCUGAUAUGCAUUAAAAAAUAUAAAUUUGAUAAAACGGAAAAUAUUAAUAAAAGUAAUUUUAUUUACAAA